GCGAGGACGGCUUGUCCCUCCGCAGCCGACAGGAGACAGGACCGUUUAAAUACCCUCCACCUCCCACCUCCACCUCCCACCUCCCCCAUGUUUCUCUUUGAAACUCCGGCGGACCUGGACGCGAUAUAUGUUCGGUAAAGGUGCGAAGCGGAAGCUGGACGAGGAUGAAGAGGGGCUGGAAGGCAAAACGCUGGAGGCGGCGGUGGCGGGAGGGGGACUAGGCCUCGUACCGGAGGGCCUGUCCAAGGUGUCGUACACCCUGCAGCGGCAGACCAUCUUCAACAUCUCCCUGAUGAAGCUGUACAGCCAGCGGCCGCUCGGCGAGCCCAGCCUGGAGCGCCGCGUCCUCAUCAACAACAUGCUGCGGCGCAUCCAGGACGAACUCAAGCAGGAGGGCUCCCUGCGGCCGCUGCUCCUGCCGCCCUCGCCGCCGCCCGACGACCCCAUGGACGAGAGCUUCCGCGAGGCACCGCCCUCCUUCGGUGUUCUGUCCGCAGCGGCGCAGGUGUCCCAGCCGUCUGCCCUGCUUAUGCCGGCGAUCGUCCCGCCGCCUUCGCCCCACCCGAUGGUGCCUCCCAACUACCAGGCAUCCCAGGCCGGCCCCGACCGCGGGGAGGCCUGCCCCGCCCCUCUGGAAUCCUGCCUGACACCAGCCUCUUUGCUGGAGGAGGAUGGUGGAGAUUCGGCCUUUUGUACUCCAUCCCCUCCCACUCCUCCUCUGUCGCCUCCACCGGCGCAGCCUCCCCCGUUACCGUCGGCGCUUCUGAGCCAGGCGUCCCCCAAGGUCCCUGCGCCCGUCUCGUCCAGCAACGGUGUCCCCUCCGCUCUGAGUGACAUGGAGUUGGGUCCUCCCACAGCCAUAACAAGGACAGCAGCAGCUAAUACUACGACCGUGACUACCUCCCCAGCUCCCACGCCACUGACCCAGCCCCACCUAGCACCCCUCUCCCCGGCAACCACUGGCCCACUCAGAGAUGGCAGGACCGUGGGUGCUAAACCAGAGGCAGUCGGCGUCUUGCUAGCGGAAACCCGCUGCGCCGAGCUCCGGCCUAUGGAAACUCUUCCCCCUGCUGGCCUAGCAGACAUUUCCUCCUCUUCUUCCUCGUCCUCACCCUCGGGGUUUCUCUCCGACUUGGCGUUGGACGACGUCCUGUUCGCCGACAUCGACACGUCCAUGUAUGACUUUGACCCCUGUACAACAGCAGGGGCCGUGGGCGCAGGGGCCGUGGGCGCAGCGGCGGGCGGCGGCCUCACCAAGCUGCCGCCGGUGGUGACGGCGGACGACCUCCUCAAAUCGCUGGCGUCGCCGUACAGCGGCCCCGCCCCCCAGGUCUCUGCCAAUCAGCCUUUCAAAAUAGAUCUGACAGAAUUGGACCACAUCAUGGAGGUGUUGGUGGGUUCGUGACUGGCGGACACCAGAAACACACAGACAGUUUAAAAAGAGACAGACUGGAACGAACAUUUGGGGUGUUUCCUGGUUGUUGUUUCAUAUGUUAUUUUUUAAAAAACUCUCUUCAUAGGUCGGUAAUUGUAAACAUCGAUGGUGAUGUCAGUUAGAACUACUAUGACAACUACUACUACACAACACUGUGCAUGCACUGUGCUCGCCUUUCCAAAUAUGGAAAUGAAGUAACCGGGAAACAAAGACACACACAAAGGUUUGUAUUCCUAUACUUGUGAGGACCUUUAUUGACUCCAAUUCAUUCCCUAAUCCUAAUUUUAAACCUAGUUUUAAUCUUUAACCUGAACCUAAGCCUUAACCCUGGGAAGUAACUGUAAAUAGAAAACUAUGACGACCUGCAUAUUGUCCUCAUGCUGGGGGAUGCAAUCAUUCUAUCCUUGUGAGGACAUUUACUCCUCACAGGUAUAGCAAUACAAGUGAACACACACAUGACACACACACACACACACAAACACACUGAAUUCAUGGCUUUUUAGCAGACGAGUGCCUUUCAAAAUGACCACUUCUUCAAUUCCUGUUUUUACAGUAUUCUUCCGUUUUUUUUCUAGUUCUUGUCCCUUUUUUUGUUUUAUUAUAAUUUAUUGUAUCGUGUUCAAACUAUUAUUAAGCAAGGUAAUUUCUCAUGAUCAAAAAAUAAUUAUUUAAUCUUUAUCUUAUUACAGACGCUAUGUUUUUAUAUUUAAAAGCGAGCAUCAAAAAGGUAUUAAACGAGGAAUACAUUGUUUUACCAGUGUGCUGCAUUGCAUAUUAGCUUGGCUAUAUACCCGCGCUUUGGGAACAGCUCUAAAAUGGACUGGACGUUCGUUAAACGUGUACAGAUCAUGUCUUUGAAUUCAUUUCAGGACAACUUUUUUUUACUUUCCCUUCCUUAUUGGCAGGCUAAUGUAACUGUGCUGGAUGCUGUUUUACAUGAGCCCCAAACUACAGGCUAGUUAUCAUGCUUCAGUUACAGCCGAAAUUCAAAUGAGCUACACCCACAGGCCAGGAGAGCUUGACGUGUUUACAUUGGAAGCGGCACAUUGGAGGCGCAUCAACACCACCAUCAACUCUUCGCCUCCCGGCUGAUUGCAGAUGAUCUGAAAGUCCUAAACCCAGCGGAGACUUUGAGGCUCCAAACACAUGAAAUUUGUCUCUAUAAGCCUCAAGACAAACAGCUAUUGCAUAUAAUUUCUCAGAAUCACACAAAGGAAACUGAAUACUUUUGGUUUGGCUCCCGCAGAAUUACGUUACGACAUAUUAAAGCGCUGCAUACAGUAUGUUUACUUGUGUUGGCAAAAGGAUCUCAGGGUUCAGCUAACUUCUGUGCGCUAUGCCGCACAGUUUUAAUGCUGACCCAAGGGCUCAGCGCGUAUGACAGAGGGAGGGCUAAAUCUGGCUCCUGAAUGAUUUUUGAGUGUGGAUUUUGUGAAUCAUUUGAAUGUGGGCAAACACAAACCACAAUGUUAAGCUGAUACUGCAACCAUGCAAAAGACUCACUGUUGUUUCGAAACAACUUCUAAGUUGAGGAUUCCCACAGUCUACACGUUUGUGUGUUUUUUGCCAGCAGACCAUAGACACACACAAACAUACACAUACAGUUUUAAAGAGAAAAGAAAUACGCAGUUUAUCCCUCGAAUAUCCACAGUUACGCCUUUUAUAUGCCAUCUGUUGACGUAAGAAAUAAUCCCGUUUACACAAAUUUACCCUUUACCUUUUUAAAAGUAAAUUGCUAUAACUGUCCCCAUUUGACAGAUGUGACUAUUAACUGUGGUGUUCCGUGUUAAAAGGGGAUAAAAUCAGAUGGAGUAGAGGCAAACAGAUCUACAGCUUCUGAAAGGAUUCUUUUAAACACUGAUUUAGACCAACAUGAAGGUGUAGGGAUGGUUAUAAUUCGACAGGUAGCUGUAGUGACCUGCCAUCUUUUCUAUUCAUGCAAAGAUCACACUAGUUACAGGACCACGCGACAGAAUCAUCUUCAGUGUCCAUAUAAAUGUCAUGUUUUUGAGAGGUCCUACAACAAAAGGCCUUUUCUGGCUUCAGACAAUGCUAUGAGGUUUUCACUAAUAGGCUCAAACUUUAAAGGAAAAAUCCACCCUUGAAUACUUAAACACAUAACCAAUCAUUCAUGUUCAAAUGAUUUGUUCAUCUACUUUUGGUGGAAUUGGAUUCUGCCCCCUCCUCACUGUAUAGUUUUUAAAUAUCAAUGAAAAAUGGUGACUUUGCGUUGUAAAUGGGACAGAAUCUGUUAUGUCUGACUCAUCUUACUGUGUUAGCCAACUGAAGUGAGGUCGGGGUGGUGUCAAAACUUUUACUGGUGGAAGAUCAUUAGUUUCCCAGUGUGCAUUUGACCUUGGCUAGUAUGCAAACAAACCGCAUUUAAACAGAAUACAAAGCCGAGUGUGAGCUGAGCAGAUAGCAGCGCCAACUCAUACAGUUUGCAGACGACUGUGUCUUGUUUCUUUCACUAUAUUUGAAUUUUGGAGUGCUUGUUUUUUUUUUUUUUUUUUUUUUUGUCAAUGAAGUUAUUUAUUCAUUUUGUGUUUUCUCCUCCAUGUAAAUAUAUUUAUUUUUGAUGUGAAGUGAACAUUUGGAUUGUAAAUGUGUGUACAGAAUGUGUGGUAGGAAUGUAUCAGAUAGGAAUGUAUCUGAGUAUGGAAUUAUGGUUGGAAGCCAUUUUUAUACACAUAUAAAUCUAUAUACAUAUAUAUAUGUAUAUAUAUGUAUAUAUAUCUAUAUGAAUAUAUACAUAGUUAGUUAUAUUAUCUUUUUUAUGUUUGUUUGUUUGUUGCUUUGUCAUAGAUUUUUGUGGGGUGGCGGCCACAACUUUUUACACCUUUUUGUACUCUUUUUGUUCACCAUUUUUUCCAGUUGCAAAGGCGAACAGUUCAUGCAGCAAUACUCAAAAAAGCCGUCUCCGACGUUCAGAUGUCAACGACUCCAAAGCCUGUCACAGACGCUUCAAUGCCAAAAGUAAUGUACAUAGUAUGAACAACAUUCGAGCUCCUGGGGCUUUUUUGUUGUUGUUUGUUGUCGAUCAGUGUUUGUUACCGAACCUUGUUUUAGCGCUGUACCGAGCAUGUGGCGGUUUGAAUCGCCGAGUGAGGCCCAUUUCCUCUGUGAAGGCUGUAUUUUACACAGACCUCAGAGCUGUGCCUUUUUCUAUGCAAUAGAACACAAACACACAGAGAGAGAAACUAUCUGCUGAUCACUGUAUUGGGAUCCAAAUGUGGACUGUAGAUAAGAAAUACUUAUAUAUGUAUAUAUAUAUGUAUGUGUGUGUGUGUGUGUGUAUGUGUAUAUAUAUAUAUACACACACAUAUGUAUAGUAUACGAGAUAAAUGGACAGCUGUCAAUGAAUUUGAAACAGUCUUACUUUUGUAGUUUUAUAUAUAUAUAUAUAAAUAUAUAUAUAUAUACAAUAAACUGUAACA